UAUUUAUGUAAGUCAAUAAAGCAUGAAUGAAACAGUGCGAUAUUUUGACGUCAACAUUUGCUUAGCUCAAAACCAUCGACUGCAUACGUACGUAUUCUUCUGACGAUGUGGCUUGCAUGUUUUGGUCAAAUCAACAAAUGCUGUUUAUUUUCAAUUUCAGGCUUUAUUCUUGUUUCAUAUAACCAAAGCAAACGAUUCCAAAAAUGGUUGUAAUGCCAACUCAAGCAUAAAUCAAAUUCCAGUGUUUAUUCAAUUGUUUCUCUUCUCAUUGCAUUGAACAAUUCACAAGUUGUCGAUUAUAUGCAUCACAUUGUGUAUUUCUUUCAAUCUAGUUUUGCUGAGAUUGUUCAACAUUUGGUAAGCAUGUGCACAUGUGUGUACGUAUGUGUACACUGGCAUCGUUUUGAGCAAUCAAAUGCUCUUGUUUGCUCUAUCUCAAUGUGUCGUCAUUGUAAUACAAAUCGAAUUACAUACAUGAUUUGAUUGUUGUUCUUUGGCCGAAACGAAUACCAUAAGAAAUUACCAGAAUUCCAUUCAGAUCGUCGGUCUAUGCUCACUCUCUCUCUCUCCCCGUCUCAAGCGCAUACAACUCAAUAAAACCACAUGAAAGUGACUGUAUACUGUGUGAAAUGUGUGUCGACCAAAGAAGUGAAAAAAAACCCUUCGAAACGAUUUUCGUUGGUGUCGUGUGCCGCGCAGGCUGAUACACACAAACACACAUAUACAAUUGCACAUCUCUCUCGUUGGGUACAUGGAGAAAAUUCAAGCAGCGCGUCGACAAUUCGAUCUAAAAUCAGUCAAGCACAAAUGUUUUGGCGUUGUUUUUCUUCUGUUAUUUUCCGCGAUACGUUUUGCUUCCACACGAAAAUGGCGGUAUGAGAUUUUGUAUCUACGUGUGUGUGUGUGUAUGUGUGCGAAUGGAAAACACAAACGAGUCGGUAUGCAUGGAAGCGGCAAUGCCACACACAUAGACAAAAUGAACGACAACUAUUCAUAAACAGGGAAAAACAUACACGUUCGUUUUGCCGUUUGUUGGCCAUUUCAUAUCGUAACCAAACAGCAGCAUUUAGUAGUUGAUUUACUUCUGUGCUGUUUAGUUGAAAACACUACUUUUUUCCCUUCUUUAGUUUACAUUUUUUCUCUUCAAUUCUCUCUUGUAGUCGCAAUCCAAUUUACUUCGACGAACUCCCUCGAGAGAGAGAGAGAAAGAGAGAGAGAGAAUGAGAACGUUGAACAACAAACAAAGUGCAAUUGUAAAUAUUUGAAGCGACAAAAAUAAAAACUUUUAACAACGACAACGACAACGACAACGACGACGGUGAAUACACAUUUUGGCCGAAGUACGCGACGUGAAUACCGUCCACAAAAGUUCUGGACUUUUGAACAAUCGCGAAUAGAACGAAACAAACGGGCAAAUGUGAAAACAGUGAUAACAAUUAUACCCUAGUCCGGUUGUAGCCUAUUGUUUAGAUUAAAAGAGACACACAAUCAUCGUGUAAUAACUGAUUCAAUUUUGUACGACCGUCAAUUGGCAUUGUCACUCUCAUUGUAUGAGGCGUGUUGUGAUGAUUUUCAUGUUUUCUUCUGAACAAUUUCUUUUUCUCGCAAUUUUCUGUUGAAAACGGACAAUUUUUUCAAGUGAUUUUACACAAAACCAGUUUUUGUGCGACGAUUUUCGUUUGUCUACAAUCGUUUGUUUUUCUAUUUGUUUUUCUACUGCGACAACAUCCAAUUAUAGCAAGAAAUUCCAGUGGCUUCAAUUCCGCCGCCGUAGUUAGCGCGUGUUCAUUGUGCAUCGAAUUAUAUAAUAAAAGAAAAAUAUUAUACAAUACAUCGAAAAAAGUGUAGCGAGACACACGUAGCAAACAGAGAAGAAAAAACCCUUGAACUGAAAGAACCAGUUUUAGUUUUUUUUUUUCUCAUUAAAAAUCAAAGUUAUUUAUCGUAGUGAAUGUUAAUGGUGCAAAAAAAUAUUAUUCACGUGCUUAGAAAAUUAGUUCCAGGGUCCAUGUGCGAAAACUAUUUAACCGAAUAGAAAAGAAAGAGAAGGAAAAAAAGCUUCAAUUGUAUGUGCGUUUAGCCUGAAUUUGAUUCUGUUGAUAGAGCCGAAAUAUUUUCUGCGUACAUAACACGCUUUGCUUACAUCAUUAUGGACAAUCCAAGCUUAGUGUGAAUUUUCGCGAGCCACGGCACAUAUUCAAACAUAGGAGUUGCUGCGUGAAAGCGUGCAAAAUGAAAUGUCACGUUUCAACACCUUGGCUUGAAUCCUCGUCUGAGUGUGAAUGGGCGAAAAAAACAGCCUCAUUAAAUAUGUGUCGAAUGAUGAUGUGCAUUUAAGAGAUUUUCGUAUGCAUUAAAUCGAAGUGUAUUCAGCGGUCUACUUGAAAUGCAAGCAAAAUUCUGAGUUUAGACAAAUAGUAAAUUUUCCGAACAUUGUGCGAAUCAAGAGAGCGAUUGGGAGAGAGUGAGGUGUUUUUCAAUACAGAAUAGACAGUGUAGAAUCAUUGUGUUUGAGUUGUAAUUCGAACGACAUGUACAGAAUCUGUACUACAGAUGUACGUACACAUGUAUUUAGAACACCAACAAUACGAGAGACAAGGCAGCUAGUGAGCGCGCGCGUACGUCAAUGAUAUAUCACACUCUGGCAUACUUAUCACAUUAUCAUCUGUUAUUUUAAGCACACAUGAAAAUCCUUUCUCAACGAUAUACAUCACGAACGAUGAGCACCGAAUAAGCCAGACAACCAAUCAGCCAGCCAUUGAGUCAACAGCAAGCGAUACACUGUGCAAAUUGAAUGAGUUAUACCACUUGCUUUGUAUGUGUCGACCGAAAACAAAACAAAACCAAACACACUAAGGAAAAAAAGCGAACGGUUCGUGUAGAAUAAAGCAAAGGAGUUCAAGUGACUUUAAUAACUUUUAGCGCAAGCACACGACAAGAACGUAUUUGUGAACCAUUUUUUGUGGCUUUUUUGCGUGUUUUCCCGCUCGACUGACACUUCAACCAAUAUGAGCUGGCGCGAGCGCUAUUUGUGAAUUAUGAUAAAUGUCAAUGGUGCUUAAUAUGAAUUGACUUCCAAAAGACCAUAAAUUAUAGACUGUGAGAGCUUUUUUUCUAGUUGUUUUUGUUCUUGUUAUACGAAAUAAAUAGCAAAACGUGUGGAAAUUGUAUUGACUGAUUUAUUACGAAUUGAAGAUAUUGAUACUGCAAAUAAUGAAUAUUUCUCAAGCACAUGAAUGUUAUUAGUGCAAAUGAAAAUCCCAUCGCACGUUGAAUGAGAAAAAAAAGUGACUUAACAAAGAGAGACACUUUUCCAAUGAAUCUCUUCGAUGAUAUGUCGUUGCAAUCGUUAGUUGAAUGUAAAUGUGUAGAUCAUGCUCGCAGAGCAAAAUCAUACGACGACCAUAACAAUACAAACGAUCGAAAAUGGCACCAAUGUUCCAAUCGAAUCGCCAAUCAAAAAAUCCGAACGUCGUUAUCCGAAUCGCGCUAGUUACACGACCAACAGUAACAGCAGUAACCACAACACUAGCGGUUCCGAGUACACAUCAUCAACGCCAACCACAACCGUAGUUUCAACUAGCGGCAGUGACUCGGAUAGCAAAUCUCGUCAGAAAUUUGCCCAAACAUCUUGGGUAUCAUUUCAGGAUAAUUUAAAUGACAAUUACUUGGAACGUGGUCGACGAAUUAAUGGACUCCAACUACCACUCCACCCGCUUCAAAUAAGCGGUUGGGUGGCAUUGUUCGGUUUUGGUGUGUCGACAUUUUGCGUCCUAAUUCCAGCUUUGCAUCCCGAUUUGCAAGCACCACUUUUUAUCAUUGUAAGCAGUUUGUAUAUAAUACAUGGAUGCUCGCAUGUCGCAGCACUGCUAAUCGAUCCAUCCGAUUCGGAGCUAAGGAAACAUAGCUCAAAACGUAUCGUACCUGAAUUCGAUCGCACAAAACAUGCACACGUCAUUGAAAACGGGCGAUGCCAUUUGUGCAACAUAAAAACAACCAAUUCACGUACCAAACACUGCAGCGUUUGUAAUAAAUGCGUCGCACAAUUCGACCAUCAUUGUAAAUGGUUAAACCAUUGCGUAGGUGGAAGAAACUAUGUUGCAUUCCUUAUGUGCGUGGUGAGUGCCGUUAUUGCGGCCAUGGUCAUAUUGGCCGCUGUUGUCGCUGAACUCGUACUCUACUACAUGAAAUCAGAAUGGUUGAACAUUUGGUCGGCGGCGGUCGUAUCUACAGCAAAUUUAACCACCAGCCCAAAUGGCAAUGAUACGCUUAUCAAUAGUAUUAGUGGUUCCAUUCCAUCGGCCAUCUUUAAUGAAUCAUUUAUCACGGCCGUGAUAAAUGACACAACCAUACCACCGGAGACGGUAUUUAAUGUCACCGAAACGAUAUUCGAUGAGGCACAAGAAAGGACAACAAAUGUAACGGCCGGUAUUAGCUUACACGAUACCAUUUUCUUGACAUUUAUUUCGAUUAUUGGUAUUUUGGCUGCGAUUACCGUCGGUCUGUUACUUCAUUUAUGCUUUUUCCAUGUGUACAUCUCGUUUUUGGGAUUAACCACAUACGAAUACAUACGGAAUCAACGGCAUGUUGAAACCCAAAAUCAAUCGAAGAAAACACUGACGACCAUCGCCGCCACAACCACUUCCAAUAACAAAACAACAUUGAAUGCGCUGAAAAAGUCGUCAACGGCAAAUCAAAUCUAUUUUUGUUCACACAUCGAUCCAAAGAAUUUGGUCGAAAAUCAUAGCACCAAAGCAAAACAUCGACCCAAAUCAAUAUACUGUUGUGAUGCAUCGAUGCAAUACGAUAGUUCAACGCAUACAGCGUUUUAUUUUUGUUCGGUGUUACACGAUCGGCCGUCACCAAUUUUGGUUCCAUCAUCAAUGGCACAUGAGCUCACGCUGAACAGUAGCCGCUCAAGUCGAUCGAAAACCUUCCAUUGUUGUUCAGAGUACAAACAAAUUGUUAAAGUGUCCGGGACGUCUAGUCAAAUUGGUUAUAGUAUUAACGGCGAAGAAACCGUCGCUCAUAAUGAUGAAACAAUGACCGAAACAUCAAUAUCAUCAUCGGUCGCCGAUGAAUACGUGAAAUUCAUGGAACAAUGCACAUUUUGUAGUUUCAAACUAAAGUCGAAAAUGAAAAAGUCCAAAGUGGCCACUAUCGAAUCGAAUGCACCGCAACUGAACAAUCACCAUCAACGUUCGGAAAUUGAUUUGAAAGCGGUGCGAAAACCGAAAUGGAAUUGUUGUUCGAAUGUACCCGAAAGUCCAGACUCAGAGAUAUCGGUGACUCCACAAAUCGACACGAUAUCUGCUUCAAUUGAUCCAAAAGCCAAUCGCAAUCACAUCCAUCAUCGCCUACGUGGCACGUAUGAUGAACACAAAUUACAUCCGAAAAACGGUGCCAAAUCAAUGAAUUCAAUCGCAAAGUUAACAACAACAACAGCAACAGCAAACGGAUCGAUUGUCAAGCCAAUGAAAGAGCCAAUCAAUCGAAAGAAUCGGUCGGCGUCGUCAUCGUCACUAUCAACGAGCUUGAAGAGUGGCAAUCGAUCUCGUGCAACGGCGGCAACGCAACGAACAUGGCCAAUCCGUAUUCGACACAUGCUUCGAAUGUUUGGUCGAUGUCAACAACCGCAUUAUCCAAACAACAAUUCCCAUGUAAAUAGCGGCAAUAAUUCAAGGCACCAUCAUCGACCCCCAUCACCGCGCCGUCAUAUUAAACAAAAUCAGGUUCGGCCGAUGGAUAUAAUUGAACAACAAUGCGAAGAGUUGCAACAGCAACGUCGACAACAAUCGUCGUCGUCGUCGUCGUCAUCGUCGUGGUCCUCAUCGCAUGACACAACACGGAAUCAUCAUUUGCAUAAAGCUGCAUUAACCGACCGAGACGAUAUAUUGGAAAAUAACAAUCUGCCAAACGAAUUGGUUACAAUGAAAUCGAUUACAACGCCAGCACCACCGCCGCCCGUACGACGUAAAAUCAGCAGCGCAGCGGCUGAUAUGCAAGAAUUGGCCGAAUCGCUGUCGUUUGUCCAAAAUCCGUCGCAUCAUCACCAUCACUAUCCGUCCAGAGGGAACAAACUGAAAGAGCAGUUCCAGCAAAAAGCACCGUCCCAACAACGACCCAUCCUUGCGAUCAGUCGAAAACGGCGUAAAAACAUUUUCCGUAGCCCGAAUUUGUCACCCAUUCACGAGUCUGGCUACUCCAAUCCAACGUCACCGAAACCAUGUCGCCACGGUGGUACACAACAUGAUAGUGAAUCGAGUGCAUCGACACCGAAAAUUUCCCACCAAUACCAAUGAAAACGAUGAAGCAGAAAAUAGCAAAACACACAUACCGAAUCCGAAUUCUAUGCAAAUUGAUUUUCUUUUUGCAAUGGUCGAUUCAAAUGCCAAAAACACUUAAAAUACACAACAAGAGACACAACAUUCACAUACCGAAAUAGUAAUACAUUUAGAAACGAAUUCCAUUCAAAACAUAUUUCAGGCAGCUAAAAAUGUUUCAACAUAGAUAGACUCAAUUUUUGCGAUGUAUUUUCUUGCUUUUGUUACGCUGAACAAUUGAUAUUUUCGAUUUAGAAACCAAUUUACCAACUACCGAAUAAAAAACUUAAAAAUAAUCAUACCAAAAAAACUGCAAAAAUGUCAACGUUUUGUGUUGUAUUCUAGAGCCAAAUUUCAAAUAUCGAGUUUAUAGUGUGUAUCUAAAUGAAAUCAUAAAAAUAACCCAAACUACUGAACUGCAAAUGUUGUAGGUGUAAGCAAUUAGUAUAAUUAAAUCGGGAAGGCAGAAAAUUGAACAAGGCAACAACGGAAACCAAAAACAACAUCACAAUUUAGCAUGUAAAAUUCAAGUGUAAUGAUUUAAUUGGAACGAACAAGCACAAAAGUCAUUGUGGUAGCAAAGCGUAAAUAGAAUUAAAGACAUUGAUUUACAGAAUAAAAGAAAAA